AGUUUAUCAUUCCAUGCCUCAUUUUCAAAGGAAGGUUCAGAUACAAAAAAUAAGUAAAAAUGUUUGUAGCAGUAUAAAUAUACUGUAAAGUGUGAGUGUGUGCUUGUGCUAAUCCAUGCUUCUUCUGGAAAGACCUGUUAUCAUGGGAAAUCUCUGCUAUAUGACCCCUGACUUGCUAUUGCACUUUUCACUUUUUUUCUUAUCAUAUCUGUUUUACAUAAAUAAACAAUAGGUAUAUAUAGUGAAUAUCCAAGUUUAUGAAAGUAUAAUGGCUUCACUGAAACAAGAUCAGGUUAUCGUUGUUCAAGGUAAUGUACCUGCAUUUUUAUUGAAGUUAUGGAAGAUCGUUGAAGAUGACCAUUUUGAUCACCUCAUAUCAUGGAGCAAGAAUGGCAGAGCUUUUAAAGUUCAUGAUCAAAUUGAAUUUGCAAAAGAAAUUUUACCAAGGUUUUACAAGCACAAUAACUUUUCAAGUUUUGUCAGACAAGUCAACAUGUAUGGGUUUAGGAAAAUUGUUGACCCCAGUAGUGGAAGUUUAAAACUAGAUCGAGAUGAAUGGGAAUUUUCUCAUCCGUACUUUCAACAAGCAAAACCUGAUCAGUUACAUUUGAUUAAGAGAAAGGUUCAUGUGAAAGAAGACACUAAAUCAGCAAAUGCACAAAUGUUAAAUUUGCUUCAGGAUGUUGAAAAGUUGAAAAAUCAGGCAGAAGAUGUUAACAGCAGACUUGACCUAGUUAAAGCAGAAAAUGAGUUGUUAUGGCGGGAGGUCUCAGACCUUCGUGAAACGCAUCAAAACCAGCAGACUGUGAUCAACAAGUUAAUACAAUUCUUCAUACAAUUGGUGAUGAGCAAAGGAGAUAUUUCUCGUAAAAGGCGUGCUCUUGAUUAUCCGUUUUUGGAAUCAAAAUUCAAGAAAUCGCAAGAACUCCAGCCUUACGAUGCUAGUAAAUCAGCUCUCUCAAAACUGUUACAGGAUCCCAUCUAUACCGUGCAGUCACCGUCAGAUAAUCGUCUCAUUGAGCUAUCACCAGAAAAUAUUUUAGCUUCCGAAACCUCACCUAACAUCGCAACUAUCAUUCCUGAUGAAAUAAUUGACGAAGGGUUAGCACCAGCUAUACUUCCAGCAUCGCCAACUUUACCAAGUACUGACAUGCCAGACCUGUCAACUGACGCUCUGACUUAUGGACAAAAUGAUGAAACCCCAUUUAUAUUCCCAGAAGUGUACCAACCAUCUGUAUCGACAGGCAUUAUAUCCUCUGGCACCCUGACUACGCCAACUGUAACAUUACCAGAUAAAACGCCCACUGCUCAACGCCCCAAUAUUCAGGUAGCCAGCGAAGGUUUGAGUACGCCAGUCAUUAGCAUGCCACCCGCUUUGUCAAGACAAAAAAGUUUUAAUGACAGGCAAGAAAUUGUGGAAGAUGUUGAUCGCAUAUCUAAAAGCAUCGGCUUUUUGCAAGACAUGUUAAAGACGAAACAAAUUAACAUUGAUCUGAGUGGUUUAGAACUACCCGGUCAUGAUUUAACCUCUCAGGUCUCUGUACAGGACCUUAUUCGACUUAGCCAGAAUGAAGACGACAUUGAAACACAAGGAGUUAUAGGAAACUCGCUGGGUAAUAAAGCAUUAGACAACGGUGGUGGAGAAGAAGGUCAACUAAUUCCUUACACAGCUCCAUUUUCACCAAGUCAGCUGAUCGAUUCCGAGUAUGCAACAGCAGCUGCAGAUGAAGCUAGAUCAGAUUUCUUCGAAAAUGUGUUUGAUGAAAACGAAAGUUGAUUUACCAGAUGACUUUUUUAACUUAAGACUAUUUCAUUGAACUUUAGUGUUAGAAUCUAGAAUAAAUUUAUUGCUGUUUUUGAGAAAUUGUAUACAGAGUUUUGAGUAGAGAUUUUGCCGAUAUAAAAAAGAUUGAAAGAAAAUGAAAUAGCGGCAAAUAAAUUGCAUGCCGUAAAUUUGAUGAUGAUUCGAAAAGCUCCCUAAACGAACGUACCUUAAUUUUUGAAAUUUUUGCGCAAUCGGCUACGGAUUACAAAAAAAAACGAAUAAUGCUAUUUAAAGUUUCGUAAAAUCUUUUUCCACAGAGUUAAAGAGCAUCAAAAAUCACAGUAUUUGAUGAUUGGUUGACGUAAAUCCAAGAUUGAUGGAGCUUUUGAGGACAAUGAGACAUGCGAAAUUACCGGUUUAUAAAAAAAGUCUUAAUUUAAAAAAAUGUACAAUACAUUGAGGUGAAAACCUGGAUGAAAUGAGGGAAAAUUAAAAUUGUGUUAAACCUAGGAGCGCAAAAUUUCAAAUUUAAGGUAUGCAGAGGUUUUUGUUUUGUCUUAGAAAUUGACACGUGGAGCUUUUCCAUAAAUAAUUAUUUCCAGAGAUCAUCUGUGACAUACACAGACUGGUGUUUUAUUGCAGUUUUCAUGAUGUACAUAGCACUUGUAAAUAUUUUCCUCUUCUUCAUAUAUAUUUUUUUGCGUUCAAUAUAUAAACAUAGACAAACACAAAUUCU